GUAAGAGCUUGGUACAUUGGAAGAAGUAUGAAACCAAAUUAAGAUGCGUCUGUCUACCCAAACGCAAUCGUCCAGUGCCAGACUAAGUUUUAAUAAUUUAGAGUUUAAUAAAAAUGACUCGAUGGAACAAGUACUAAAUAUACCUGAGAAUGCUGAAAAUAAGCUGAAAUUAUUAAAUAUUCGGAAUAAAAGCAGAAAAAAUUCAUAUGAAGAAGAAAAUGACAUGUCUAAGUAUAUGCUAUUUCAUCAUAUUAAUGAAAAUGAGUGCAAAUUACAUACAAAUCCUCCACAAUGCCUUCGACCGCACCAAGAAAUAUUGCUGCAAAUGCAGUGUAUGAAAUCUGCUUUAUCCAAAAAGGAAAAGCAGGUGGAAAACCAAUCUACUGAUAUCGUAAUCGAUUUAAGUAAAAAUUCGGUAGGAAAGCCUACCAAUGCGACCGAAGCAAGUUCAAUUAGAAAUAUUGGUUGCAUCGCAGAGACUAUCUCUUCAGGUGUAUCAUCCUCAAAUCAAGUGAAGCAGAUCACGUCAAUUGAUGGCUUUUUCAACAGAAAGCGUGGACGACCACCAAAAAAUCGAUUCGUUGAAGUCUAUAAAAAUACGCAACAAGCGCCACAAGCUAUUUUCACAUCAUUUAAACUUCAAAAAUACGGAUUGGAUGCACUUGCAACAUCAAUUCAGGAAUCUCAAUUCGGGGAAAACCAAAAAACUGUUGGUGCCAAAAGCGGUGAAUGUGCUGUUGAACAGUUUCACCUCUACCAAACUAGAAAUAUAAAAUGCAUUGAAAAUGAUUUACCAAAGGAAAAGAUUUUGAUACCAACCGACUCCAGUAAAAUUUGUGAAGACGACAACAGGAAACUGGAAGUUGUACGAGCGACUGGAACUUUCUUUCCAGAAAAUAAAAAAGGUUUCAAUAUGUGUUUUAAGCGUCUACUAGCAAAUCGGAAGUCAAAGACGCCAUCGACAAAGCAGAAAGCCAGUAAAAUGCAAACAUCCUUGAAAAGGAAUAAAGAGACGUGUUUGAGGAAAUAUUUGGAACAUUCAAAGAGUAAUAAUAGCUCAAUUUGUGAUGAAAAAGACUUACCAGAAGAUUUAAGCAUUAGUAGCAAAUCAAAAAUAAAUCAAUGUAAGAAACAAAAUAAUAUUAAUGAACACUCCGCGGAAAUUGAAUGGUCUCCACCUUUGAACAUUAGACUUCAGCAAUUAGUACAGGCUUAUUAUCAGCACUGCCUCCAACAGAAGCAGUUCAAGGUGAGCCUAGCACCUAGCACUGGACAAUUCAGACCUUUUGAAGAAAGCAGCUUAUCAUCAAACCGAAAAUCUAUCCCUGCAAACACUAAUAACAUGUAUGAAAUGAGCUUAUUCUUAAGAAAUGUGUCAAAUACUGUGGCGGCUAUUGCUACAAUAGAACCAGAAAAUGCAGUUAAUAACCAAGCAAAAGCUGUGUCCAAAAAUGAAGAACUACUAAAAAUAAAGAACGAUAAGACCCCAAUCGGGUAUGUGAAAUUUCGUUUCAACGAAGAUUGCGGGUUUUCCCGCUGCACUUAUCGCAAACAUCAAACACAUUUUCACUGCAAUCGAAAUGAUUGCUGCUACAGUUUCUGCGAUAAAACUCGUUACGCUACUCAUAGCGCGCGUCACGAACGACUGGAUUCUUUAAUGGGAGAUGACUUCCGUCAAUAUCGUGUAAACAUGAAAUGUGGAUUCGUUAAUUGUCUGUUUAUGUCAAAUAAGGCCAGCUCAAAAAAAACAUCCCAUUUCCACUGUCGCAAAUGUACAUUUGUAUGUUCCGACACUAAUAAAGUGGUGGCUCAUCGACGUUUGCAUAUGAAAAUGGAAUGUAUACGAUUGGCCGGGUUUCGUAAAAUUACAUGCAACGAAAAUUGUACAACGAUCGUAGUCCACUCACAGACAAAUUGCAUAAGUGAUAACGAUAUAUGCAAUCAAUUGUCGCAGGAACUGAGCUGCUCUUAUAACAUGAAACAUACUCAUUACCAUUGUCUAGUUUGUAAUGCUAGCGUUUUGUCAAGAUCCCAAUUUGCUAUGCAUAAGCAUAAAUCAGCAACAGUUAUGACCGCAUAAAAAACAUUAUUAAUUCUAAGAGGCUUCUUAAAAUAUAUAUUGA